AUGCAUCUUCAUCUGCUGCUCGUUUCUGCAUCCCUUGGCGUGGCAUUCGCUCAAGGAGGAUCUGACCCAUACGUGCCUGUCUACACAUCAUGUCCCUCUGACCUGAAUAUCCGCAAAGCUUCAGACGGUUUAUCCGACGAAGAGAGCUCAUGGAGGGAACAACGAGCCAAGAGGAUGAUGCCUGACUUGGAGGACUACCUUAAGCUAGCUAAUAUUUCUGGCUUUGACGUCUCGGCCUAUCUUAAGAAGCUCAAGGAAGACGACGUACCCAUCGUGGGCCUUUCUGUCUCUGGUGGCGGUACACAGUCUGGUAUUGGAGGACUGGGCAUUUGGCAGGCUUAUGACGCUCGCUCCGCUGCUGCAAAGGCUGCUCGGACAGGAGGCUUGACUCAGCUUCUUUCAUACAUCACUGGUUUGAGUGGUGGUGGUGCUGUGACUGUUUCUUUACUCGCCGCGAAUAAUUUCACCACCACCGAUAACGUCAAAAAAGCCACAAACUUCUCUACCUCCUACGCCGCGGGUCCAGAUGGUAAUCAGACGGAAUUCUUCCAAACCAUCUUUGAAAACGCCGGCGCAAAGGACGAAGCCGGCUUCCCAGUCUCCGUCGCGGAUACCUUUGGCCAAUUCUGGGGAACAUGGCUGCCCGAGGACAUGCUGUACGGUAACUACUCCGAUAUAGCUGACAACGGCACCGCUUUCAAUCUAGGCGAUGCGCCCAUGCCGAUUCUGUGUUUUGCGGAAGUCAUCCCUGGCAAAUCUCCCGAGAUCGGGAAACUCAUGUACCCCGGCCUCAACAGAUCCGAGCUCUUCAACCUGACUACAUACGAAGUCACGCCCUUUGAGUUUGGCAGUUGGCUCGGUGGGCGGGUACAGGCGUUUAUUCCAACAAAGUACCUAGGUACUUCCAUGUCUGAUGGCAAGCCGCAGAACAAGACCCAGUGCGUCGAGGGCUUUGACAAGAUUACGCUCAUGCAGGGAACUACGACGAAUGCGUUCACUGCAUGGUUCAUUGAUUCCUUCUACGGAAUUCCUGUGUUUGCCAAAAGAUGGCUGCAGGAGAGGCAGCAGGUGAAUCCGGAUAUCAACGAUGUUCCUAUUCCACAGGAUCAAGAUGAUAAUCCGCUGGUUGAGCUCGUGAACUCUACGGCUCAGUUCUUUGACUUGACGUUUAAUCAGUCCAUGUGGUCUACUUAUCCGAAUCCGUUUGAGGACUACAACGACGAUAUGAAGGGUGUUUCGGAACUUCUCCUCGUCGACGGCAGUCUUACUCUUGAGAGUAAUCCUCUCCGUCCAUUAAUAAUUCCAGACCGAAAGCUGGAUCUGAUCAUUGUGUAUGAAGCUUCGUCAGAUGCUCCAAACUCAUGGGUCAACGGCACAAACCUAAUUAACACCGCCAUCUCCGCUUCAGGAGGAAACAUCCCCUUCCCCAAGAUUCCAGACGUCAACACCAUCGUCGCCCAAAACCUCUCUUUCCAGCCGACUUUCUUCGGCUGCAACGCCAGCGCCAACACGCCUCUACUGCUCUGGCUGCCCAACGCGCCCUGGAGCGGCUACACCAACUACUCGUACACGCAAACCCAAUUCACCAACACGCAGCUCGACUCUGCCCUCGACAACGCCUUCCAGAUCGCCACGUACGGCAACGGAAGCGUCGACGAGAACUGGCCUGCAUGUCUAGCAUGCGCGGCUAUCAAGGGCUCGCUGCGACGCCUAGAUAUCGAGUUGCCAGAGCAGUGCGAUGAGUGCUUCAAGAGGCAUUGCUGGAAUGGGAGUACGAGUUCGAGGAAGGCUACGGAGGCGGACUUUGAUCUGGGGCUCAGACUUGAUCCGGGGUUGAGCUUUGGAAAGUGGAAUGAGUCGGAUUGGUCGAAGGAGGAGGUUGGUGGGAGUGAGGGUGGUGGUGAUUCGGCGGGAUCGAGGGUUGGGAAUCAUUUGAUUGGGCUUGUGGUUUCGAUUAUGGCUACUGUUUAUUUGUUGUAG